AUGAGGUCCAGCGCCGCCAUCACCAGUGGCGUCUCGGCCUUCGCAGCCGCAGCCUCGGCGCUGCAGUUCCAAAACACGCCCCUCUACUCCUCCUACUCGUUCAACGCGCUCGAGCACCUCGCCGGCAACUCACCCUACUUCGAGCCCGUCGACAACCCGGGCCGGCAGCCGGACCCGCCGCGGGGCUGCUCCGUCACGCGGGCGGCAUACCUGGUACGACACGCGGCCAUCAACGCAAACGACUUUGACUACGAGGAGUACCUGGAGCCGUUCCUGGAGAAGCUCGGCAACGCGACCAAGACGGAUUGGGCGAGGACCGUCCCGGAGCUGGCCUUUCUCGCCGCGUGGGCGCCCCCCUCGUUCGCCGAGCAGGAGCUGCUCACGCGCACCGGCAAGGUCGAGGCCGCGCAGCUGGGCCUCUCGCUGUCGUACCGCUACCCGAAGCUGCGGCUGCCGAAGCGCGUGUGGACGUCGACGGCGGAGCGCACCGUGCAGAGCGCCAAGGGGCUCGUCCGCGGGCUGGAGCUCGACGACGACACCAUCAACGUGGUGGAGGUGCACGAGGGGAAGCAGGCCGGCGCGGAUAGCCUCACGCCGUACAAGAGCUGCAAGGGGUACGCGUCGGACACGGGCUCGGACCAGCAGGGCGAGUACGUAAAGGCGUACACGGCGCCCAUCGUGGCGCGCCUCAACGACGCCGUGUCUUCGCAAGGCGGCGGCGGCUUCAACUUCACGACGGCCGACGUCAUGGCCAUGCAGGCGCUGUGCGGCUACGAGACCGUCAUCCGCGGGUCCUCGCCCUUCUGCUCCACGGACCUCUUCACCCCGGACGAGUGGCUGCAGUACGAGUACGGCCAGGACAUCCAGUACCACUACAACGCGGGCUACGGGAGCCGCGUCGCGGGCGCCAUCGGCUUCCCCUGGCUCAACGCCACGCUGGGCCUGCUGGCGGGGGGCAGCGCCGCGCAGGACAUGUACGUGUCGUUUACGCACCGCGAGAUGCCGCCCGCCGUGCUCGUCGCCAUGGGCCUCUUCAACAACAGCCGCUUCUCGGGCGCCGACGACGUCAACGCCACGAUGCCCCUGGACCAGGUCAACCACGGGCGCGCGUGGGUGUCGAGCCGCAUCCUGCCGUUCCUCGCCAACAUUGCCAUUGAGCGCAUGAACUGCACCGCGCCUGGCGCCUCCUCCUCCGCUGGGAGCAACAACAGCAACUCGUCGUCAUCGUCAGGCUCUGCUUCUGCGUCGACGCACUACCGCGUCCUAGUGAACCGCAGCCCCCAGGUCCUGCCGGGCUGCUUCGACGGGCCCGGCCAGAGCUGCUCGGCCGACGGCUUGCAAAAGUUUCUCCGUCAGCGCGAGGGCCUCUUUGGGGGCUACUCGGAGAUAUGCGGCAACACGUACAAGAACUCGACCGACGCGGUCACGUUUUAUACUAAUUCGAACAAUGGGACGACCGUGGGCAAAUAG